AUGGGACCAGGUGAUAGUCCAUUUCAAGGCGGUGUAUUUUUUCUUUCAAUUCAUUUUCCGGCCGAUUAUCCAUUUAAACCUCCAAAAAUCACAUUUACAACAAAAAUUUUUCAUCCAAAUAUUAAUUCAAAUGGAGCUAUUUGUCUUGAUAUACUUCGUUCACAAUGGUCACCGGCAUUAACGAUUUCAAAAGUGUUACUUUCAAUAUGUUCAUUACUUUGUGAUCCAAAUCCUGAUGAUCCAUUAGUGCCGGAUAUCGCUCGUACAUACAAAACUGACAAGGAGAAAUAUAAUGCGACGGCGCGACAAUGGACUCAGAAAUAUGCUAUGUAG